AAUUUUAUUGUAUAUUCAUUAUGCACAAAUGAUGUUACAAAUAUUGGUUCAAUAUCUGCUAUUAAAAAAUGUCAUGAAUUAAUUAAUCUUACCAGAGAAUUAUUUCCAAAAUUACAAACAAUUGGAUGGAUUGCAUUAUCACCACGUACUAAACCUUCUCGAUUGUAUAAUUCUGAGGAAAUUGGUAACCAUUAUCAUCAAUUUAAUCAAUUACUUGCAAAAUUAGGUAGAGAGAUGAAUUUUGAUGUUAUCUAUGCCAACAUUCAAAUACAACAUUUACAUAUUGAUGGAUUACAUCCCUCGAUUUCUUCUGGACGUAAUCUAAUUGAAAAUGCAUUAUCAAAUUGGUUUAAUAAAAAGAUUAUACAAUCAGCAACAGCAACAACAACUACAGCAAGAACCAAAACAACAACAGCAACAUAUACAACGUAUGAUAAAGAUACAAUGAUGUUCAAUAAUGAACAAUAUAAAAAUAGCAAGAAUGUACAUUGCAAUGAUAAGAAUUACAUUCAAUCAAAUGAGAAUAAUUAUAAUAAUAAUAAUAUUCAAUUAAAUUCGUAUAGACAGCGGAAACAGAAACAAAAACACUUCAAUCAAAAUAAUAACCAUAAUGUUAAAAGUGAUAAUAAUCAAGAUGAUCAAACAUCCAAAGAUAAAUUAUUGCAUAUACCAGGUAAAACACUUAUUCCAUAUUACCCACAUUUUUUGAGACACAGAGAAGAAUUUUUUCGAAAAGUUAAAAUGCCAGAAGAAUUCAAAAAUCAUAAGGAUGAAAUUUUUCAUUUGAGUAACAUGCAUUUUCAAGCUGAAUAUUUUAAAACUGAAGCUGAAAAAUGGAAAGUAUAUAUGACAGCAGCAAAUAAUAAAAAUAGAAUAAUUCAACAAGUAGAACCCAUGGAAAUAAUAAUAGAGGAAAACAACAAUAGUCUUCCAAUUGCUAGACCAUCAAUAGAAAAUCCAGUAGAUCCACCGGCACCAUUAGAUUUUACAGAUCUUGCAGAAGUCUUCGAUGAAUGGUUACCAGAACCAGUUCCAGGACAAAAACGAAAGAUAGGACACAGAAGAGAUGAUCCACCAACACCACCUUCACCACGACAACCACUACCACCACCAAUCAUCCCGAGACGUACAUUACCAUCAAGAGACCCAGACCAACCACUAACUGGAGGAUCACUUCGAAUAUCACCAACAGUAGAGAAUAAUAAUAAUCAUAAACAACAACGUUCAUUCAAUGCAUUACUUCCAAUUGAGAACCAGAAUAAAUCACCAGCUAGAAAUCUGUUAACAACAAAUGAACCAUCGAUAAUAAUAUCACCAAUGCAGAGUUCAACACCAGAACCACAAACAAAAUCACCAUCAGUUGUACCAAAGAACCCUAUUGAACAACAUAGUUCAUUUGACUUUGCAAUUCUACCCAUUGAAUGUCGAUAUCACUUAAAAAAAAACUAG